AUGGCCCAUAUCAAGCGAAUAGCUCUGCUUCUAGGGCUAAGUUUGCCUGCAUUCUCGAUCCCACUUGCCAGUGACGCGUUGGCGAACGACAUCGUCCUAGACAAGUAUAUCGUACGAAUCGCACCAAACACGGUCGACGCCGAUUUUGACCAUCACUUGCAGUGGGUCGGAGCAGUGCAUGCGCGCAGCUUGAUGCGACGCAACACAGCUGGUGUGGAGAAGACAUUUGAAUUUGGAGGCUUUCGCGCAUACGCUGGGGAGUUCGAUCAUGAAACGCUUGAGCAGAUCAAGCAGGACAAGAACGUUGUUGCGGUGGAAGAAGACCGCGUAGCUGAAGUCACGGCUAUAACGACCCAGGUUAAUGCGCCAUGGGGUCUUGCAACUCUAUCGUCCCCUGCACCACUGGUCGACGGCAAUAACGCCGGGUAUCCGUACCAUUUUGAUAGUGCAGCUGGAGAAGGGAGCUUUGCAUAUGUGAUGGACACCGGUGUUACUGUGGCACACCCCGAGUUCGAGGGUCGAGCUUUCAAGGGUUAUAACGCCUGGGCUGCUACCGGCGAAACCUUUGAUGAUGAGUUUGGCCAUGGUUCUCACGUAGCAGGUACAAUUGGUUCUGUAACCUUCGGCGUAGCUAAGAAAUCAACUAUCUUCGACGUCAAGGUUGCUAGAGGAAUUGGCUAUACUACCACUGCUCAUAUGCUAGACGGCUACAGCUGGGCCGUGAACAACAUCACAAACACGCCAGGACGCAUUGCGAAGGCGGUGAUCAACAUCAGUAUAGAGACUUAG